UGUAGCGCGGGUCCCUGAGAUAAACACAGAGACCCUCCUCGCAGGUGGUGGUGGUAAGGCUCGUGGAUCUCCAGCUCUCUUUACGGAAAUAUGGGACGAGGGGACGAAGAUGGCGACACGGGGACUCGAGAAUCAAAACGUCGACGCAAAGCCGGGCCAGAGUUGACCAAGAAGCCUGGAGCAGCCGGAGAGGCUGAGAAUGCGACCCCGACGCCCCCGACGCCGGCCCGCACCCUGGCCAAGGAGAAGACUGUCACCAUCACUGAUUCUUACCAGGCAAGUUUGGACCAUGAAUGUCUGGAGGCUCAAGAGAGAACAGAGGAAGAAGACCAGAAGCUUGUGGCUGCCAUUAUGCAACAGAUACGAUCUCUGAUGAAAGAAAUUCUCAAACUGAAGCUUGACAGGCCAGACCAGUGGGUAAACGAGGUAGAAGAGCGACGCAUCCAAGUGCUGAUGCUGAUGCUAUCAUUUCGGCGUCUUAGUCGAGUGCAAAAGGUUCGAGUACGUGACUCCCGAGAAAAAACAGCUGAAGCUCGGCAGAGUGUUGAUGGCGUGACAUUGCAGUUGCAGAACCUUCUCUAUGAAGUGGCCCAUCUGAAGAAGGAAGUUAGACGUUGUCUUGAUUUUCAGUCGGCUGACCAGGAAAUAGAUCUUGUUCCUGUGGAGCAGUUUUAUGUUGAGGCUCCCGAGUACAUCAGUCGACCAGCUGAUACUGUGGAGGAUCCACAUGAGCAGCGCUUGGCUCGUCUUCAGUGGGAGCUGGAGCAGAGACGUGACCAAACACAGCUGUUUGACAAACUCACUCAGGAAAAGGAGGCUGUUGCAGAAACAAUAAAUGAACAAGAACGUAAGCUAGCAUCACUAGCUCCAAGGAUUAACUCAAUUUUGGAGGCUACUCGUCCACUUCAAGAUGCUUUGGACUUGCCAAUAGAUGCCAAGAGGGAGCAGCAGAGGAUAGUACAACUACUGCCAAGUCCUCUGUACACUCUUUGGGUGCAGGCAUCAUCAUAUGGGGAAGCAUUUGACCCCAGCAUUAAGGUUGAAGUCUUUGGAGAUGUUGAUGCUGCCAAGAAGCUCAUCGUCAAAGAGGAAGAUUCCAGAACUGAAAAUCUGUCUGAGUCUGAAAAUGAUCAGGAUCAACAGGAGGAGAAUCUGUCUCGAAAGAAGCGCAAUCGGAAGUCACAGAAAAUGGAUGCCGAAGACAUAGAUGAUGGAUUGAAGCAGAUACUAGGACUACAUCCACUCUUUGUUAAGAUCAACGUUAACACAAAGGAGGGAAACAAUGUGGUUAUUGCAUUUUACUAUAUGCAAACCUUACGUAUAGUGACUGCAAAGUGCUCAGUGCACCUUCACGAAAAAACCAAGUCUGCUAUGACAGAUGUGAUCAGUGGAGAUACACUCUUGAACUGUCUCUUCCCUGAUGAUGAUGGGCAGACAUCACCAAAUCCGGCCAACUUCUUCCAGCUGAACCGUCUGCGGAUUAAUCUAUCUGAUCAUCUCACUACGACUGGUAGACCAUACAAGUGGGCUCAGACCUUGGCUGGUUUAUCAUUUUCAAAUUCAAAACAGUCAUGUGUUGGUGGUGAAGAGUCUCAAGAAAUGGCUGCAGGAGCAGGAAUCUCUGGUGGUGACACUGAGGUUGUAGCAUGGCAGGACAGUGCUGAGCAGAUGCCUCACACCAUUCAGGCAAUUCGUCGCAGACUGCAAGCUAGACUGGCUCUACAUGCACAGCUAGUCAACCUGGAAACUGUUAAUUCAACUAGUUCGAUUGCAAUACCUGCUGAACUUCUACGUCAGCACUUCCCAGGAAAGGUGUGUUCUGAGCUGAAGUCGUGGCGCCCUGUCACUUGGGCCGACUAUGAAGCGGCCCCGUCCACUCAGUCAUUACGUGAGGCUCAAGUUGUCACGCAGCAGCAUUUAUUGUUCUUGGCUAUAUUUGAGCGGAAACAUGUACUUAUGGAAGCACUGGUAGCAGUGUCUCCAGAUCAUCCAAGCACAGUUCCUGUGGUGGCACUGUCUCUCUUAUGGGAGGGCCACCACCAAACAACUAACAACCCACAGCUAAGGCAUAUGGAGAAGGAGGUUAAUGUACAUUGGGAUGAAUUAGUAUCAUCUCGCAGUGAUCGCCUUCAUCUCCUCCCAUUGAUUUUAUACCGACUGGCAGUUUGUUUAGACGUAUACACCGAGGCAUACAGUGCCCACGCUGAUGCUAGGGGACCAGAUGCACAGUUUCAUAAGGAAAAAAUAUUUUUCAGACCUGCCAGAGGCCCAGACAGAGCAUUCCCUUUCAAGUACCAUCCAAAACUUGGGGUCUUCUCUCAGCGUUAAAGGAAGGACUGAUCCCUUUUUUUUUAUGUAGCUUUAUUUUGAUCUAGGCAUUUUUUUUUUGUUUAUACAAUACUGUACUAAUAAAUAUACUUUUAAGGA